AGUCGGUUAAGGUUGUAUGGUUUUUUCUCAAUUAUUCGAGAUAAGGCAAUUAUACCAUCUUCCUCCUCACUCUGCAACACCUCUCACUCACCAUGCUUUCUCUCACCGCAAACAUUCUCAAAUCCUCAAUCUUUUCACCAUUCACACAAUCCACGACCCAUGGAUUAUACACUAACCCGAUUACCCGACCCGAUAAUCCAGCACCCCGUACCCUUACAGUCACCGUCUCCGCAUCCCGUAAACCCCAAAACAUGAUACCCAAAAACCCACCACCGCGACAAAAUCUGUAUCAACCUUUCCGGCCGCCGGCAUCUCCGAUACCACCAAAGUUUCGUUCAUUAGAUUCCGCCGGUAAAGUCGAAAUACUCGCCGGUAGGCUGGCUCUCUGGUUCGAGUACGCACCACUCAUCUCUUCCCUCUACAGCGAGGGUCUCACUCCUCCCAACAUCGAAGAGCUCACCGGAAUCUCAAGCAUCGAACAGAACCGUCUAAUCGUCGGCGCGAAAGUUCGCGACUCAAUUGUUGAAUCCCUCCAUGAGCCGGAGCUCAUUGCGGCCUUCGACACCGGCGGCGCAGAGCUUCUCUACGAAAUCCGCCUCCUAAGCACCACGCAGCGCGUAGCCGCUGCAACGUACAUCAUCGAUCGCAAUUUCGACUCGAAAGGCGCGCAGGAUUUGGCGCGAGCCAUCAAGGAUUAUCCUAACCGGCGUGGAGACGUUGGAUGGUUAGAUUUCGAUUACAAUCUACCAGGAGAUUGUCUCUCAUACAUGUAUUACAGGCAGAGCAGAGAGAACAAGAACCCAUCGGAGCAGAGAACCUCGAUGCUUCAACAAGCAUUGGAGGCUGCAGAAUCCGAAAAGGCCAAGAACAAGCUGAUCAAGGAGCUGCACGGAGAGAAGGAAGGGGAUAAGGAGAAGGAGAAGGAAGAGGAGGUAAAAGCUAUUAAAAUUCCGGUGGUGAGGCUGAAGUUCGGAGAGGUUGCAGGAGCGAGCUCGGUGGUUGUUUUGCCGGUUUGUAAAGCAGAGGAAGGGGAAAAGAAGAUUCUUGAAGCUCCAAUGGAGAUCAAGGCGGGAGGAGAUUUCAAGGUUGUUGAGGCGGAGAAAGGAUGGAAGAGAUGGGUGGUACUUCCUGCGUGGAAACCAAUGGCAGUGAUUGGGAAAGGCGGUGUAGCGGUUUCUUUCAGGGAUGAUAGAAAAGUGUUACCUUGGGACGGAAAAGAGGAGCCUUUACUGGUAGUGGCGGAUAGGGAGAGGAAUGCAGUGGAGGCUGAUGAUGGAUACUAUCUCGUGACGGCUGAGAAUGGACUGAAGCUAGAGAAAGGAUCCGCGUUGAAGGCGGGAAAUGUGAACAAGAGUUUAGGGAUGGUUCUUUUGGUGGUGAGGCCACCGAGAGAAGAUGAUGAUGACUGGCAGACGAGUAAUGAACACUGGGACUAAAUAUAGAAUCAAUACCCAUCUCCUGUAAUAGAUUUAUGAUCAUGUAAAAUUUUUGAAUAAAGGUGGAAACUUUUUGUUCUAAGACAA